CAAGGAAUUGUCUAGAGAUGGUGAUGAAGAGUGUAAAACAGUACUGGAGCAGCGAGGAUUUUAUUCCCAGAUGGCUACCAGCAAGUUGAAUCAGUUUCUGGAAAAUGUUGAUGAGAAGGUGUUAGAGUGUACCAUCUGCUUUAACAGAUUUAAGAAUCCGAAAUCCCUCACCUGCCUACAUAGCUUUUGUUUGGCAUGUCUAGAAGACUGGGUUAAGGUGAAUGGUGAACUGACUUGUCCAACAUGCUCAAAAUCAUAUCCCAUUCCAAAGGGCGGGCUUCAGAAGCUUCCACCAAAUACCUUUCUAAACAAUUUAUUAGAAACUAUGGAACAAAUUUCAGAAAAAGAUCAGAUAAAAUGUGUUUGUGGAAAGGAAGGACAGGUAAAAUACUACUGCCAGGAUUGCAAACAGUACUUGUGCUCUACUUGUAGUGAUCAUCAUACAAAUUAUAGACUCUUUGCAAAUCACAAGUUACAUUUAAUCGAGGAAGUGCAAUCAAUGAGCCCCACUCAGAUAACUUUGUUACAUCCACCUCUGUGUUCACAUCACAGUAAACCUUUGGAGUUCUACUGCACAGAUUGUAAAACUCCAAUCUGUGUGAACUGUACAAUUAUGGACCACAAGGAAUGGGAAGGAAAACACAAACCAAUCAAAAUUUCAGAUGCAUUCCAAACAUUUAAAAAAACUUCAGCCACCUUGGAAAAAUCUGCCCAACACUUCAUAAACAAAUUAGAAGGCGGUCUCAAAGCUGUUAUCCACAAUGCUACAAAAUUACAUCAAAAUAAAGACACAUGUUUAAUAGAUAUAGACAAUCAUGUAGAAGAAAUAUUCAAAAAAGUAAAAGAGAAUAGAGACAAAAUGAAAAAUGAAGUAGAGACAAUCUACAAAAGAAAAAAGAAGGUAAAUGAUGUACAAAUGGAUGAAUUUAAAGCAAUAUUAUCCGAUAUAAAAACAAAACUGUCUUCUCUUAAUCAAUUAUUAAAGAGUGAUGAAGGCACUGCAAUGCAGUCAAGUGAAUCAGUAAUUACAGCACUCAAAGACAGAAUAAAUGAAUUACCAAAAACAGAGCCAGAUGAUAAUGGAGAAAUGUACUACUCCAUAAACAAACAGCAGAUGGCUUCAUUGAGACAAUGUGCUAUAGGGACUGUAAAAGAUUUCAGGGCAGCAGACUGUUUAACAUUAAAAGGAGAGGAAUCUGUGAUCAAAGAUCAGACAAUUAUAGUCAAAAUAGUCAAAACAGAUGAACAUGAAAUAUAUGCAAAUCAACUGAAGGCAACAUGGACACAGCCUACAGGGGAAACCAACAUCUCUCAAAUUCAGGAAGAUGACAAUGGAGAUUAUUUUGUGACAGGAAAAUGUACAAGUCCAGGAGUUUGUAAACUAAAUGUGAGUGCUGAUGAUGAACCAAUUAACCAAUCACCAAUGACAAUCAAAGUAGAAGACAGAUUAGUAAAUACUAUUCAAAUAAAUGCAACAAGUAUUAGAGAUGUAGUUAAGUGUGAAGAUGACUCCUUACUGGUUUCAUGUUGGACAAAUGAAAUGCUCAAGUACAAGCAAUCAGGAGAAUAUAUUGGUAAGGUUACACUACCACAAGGUGUGCUAGUUAACAGAAUGUACAAAAUGAAGAAUGGUAACAUAGCAUUCAGUGAUUGCAAUGAUAAUACACCUAUCAGAAUAUGCAAUAUGAAUGGUCAGCUGAUUAAAACAAUUAGUGAGGGAGUACAGAAUACACCACGGAGCAUUCAUGUGGAUGAGACAUCAAAUGUUUUGUAUGCAGCAGCAGGAGGUUGGUCCAGUGGCUGUGUGUACAUGUUUGACAUGAAUAAUGGCAAGACCAUCAAAACAAUAGGGUUAAGAGGUACAAAAGAAGGUCAAAUGAGAAAUGUCACUGAUGUUACUCUUACUAACCAAGGACACCUUCUUGUAUUGGAGUAUGGCAACAGUAGAUUAAAAUUAUUUAAUAAUGAGGGAAGGUUUAUAAAAGUCCUUGUUGAAGCAGGUGAUGAGGAUGGUAAGGUAAAAUAUCCAAGAGCAGUAGUAGUUGAUGAGGAUGAAAACAUCAUUAUAUCAAGUCAACACAAACUACAGCUAUUCAGUAGUGAUGGAACUUUCAUAAAAAGAAUUGAUAAACCAGAAGAUAGAAUCAACAAUCCAUGGGGAUUAUCCAUCAUUUUAUAUCAUCCAAGGAGACUUGCAGUAGCAAAUGAUGGUGACAAAACAGUAAAAAUAUUCAAUUAUUAAAUAUUGACAGUCCACUUGCUUCACUUGUGUGUUUUCAACAAUUCAAAUUUAUAAGUGUAGGAAUAUCUACAUAUCCAUUAUUUCAUAUCAUCCACAUAGAGUUAAGUUAUGAAUCUUAAACUUAAAAAAAUUAUUGAAUACAAUAAUAUCAAAAUAUAAAGUUGGCAUAAUGUUUAUAAACUUGCUGAAAUAUUUGAUUAUUGAAUAUGAUAUACAUGGAGCUGAAGUUACGUUUUUUUUUUUAACUGUUAAAAUAUUAAUUAUUCUACAUAAAUGAUAUCUAUAGAGUUGAAGUUAUUAAACUGAAAACAUUAAUACUGUAAUCUGCCAACCUCAACUGUUUAUAGUGUAGUUCUCAUCAAAUUUGAAUCACACACUAUUGGUCUUAUGAUUUUAUAUUUUUGUAGUGUAAGUUUUUAAUCAUAUAAUGCAUAUACAUGUUACUUUCUUGCAUAUUGAUGUUAAAAAUUUACUUUUCAAUCUAUUGGGGCUUUUUUGUACAGCCUAUCCAGGGGCGUACGGUGAAAAAUCUAAGGGGGGGGGUCAAAACGAAAGCGCAGGGGGCAAGCUGAACUCGGAGCAAUUUAGCGAAGCUUUCAGAAUUCGCGGGGUGCGUUAUUUGUGAGUGA